GUGGGGUUGUAUGUAUGAUCGUCUCCGAGUGAAGGUCCAGGCGAAGGUAGAUAUAUCUUAUGUAUUUUAUUGAUUAAGAAUGGAGGAACCUGCAGAAGAGAAGCAGAUGGGCCCCUCAACCCAGGAAACUUCAUCAGAGGAGGAGCUUGUCAUGCUGCGGACAGAGUUUGUGUGGCGGGUGUCACAAGAAAUACUUAUACAACUUCUUGAGGCCCUUGUAAGAGAUGGUGUUCUGAAUGAGUUGGAGAAAGAGUCAGUAUUGGAGGACAACCCAGCCAGAGCAGAUAAGGCACGCUGCUUCAUUGACACAGUGAGGAAAAAAGGAGGCAAAGCCUGCAGGAUAAUGAUCAGACAUCUACAGACCAUAGAUCCAACUCUCUUCUCUCUGCUGCAUUCAUCCUCAGAUCAGUCUGAGCAGGAAUUUCCCAUCACCUGCCAGCACAAACUUAAAUCCACUCUGAAGAAGAAGUUCCAGUGUGUGUUUGAGGGGAUCACUAAAGCAGGAAACCCAACCCUUCUGAAUCAGAUCUACACAGAGCUCUACAUCACAGAGGGAGGGGCUGCAGAGGUCAAUGAUGAACAUGAGGUCAGACAGAUUGAAACAGCAUCCAGGAAACCAGACAGACCAGAAACAACAAUCAGACAAGAAGACAUCUUUAAAGGCUCACCUGGAAGACAUGAACCAAUCAGAACAGUGCUGACAAAGGGAGUGGCUGGCAUUGGGAAAACAGUCUUAACACAGAAGUUCACUCUGGACUGGGCUGAAGACAAAGCCAACCAGGACAUCCAGUUCAUGUUUCCAUUCACUUUCAGAGAGCUGAAUGUGCUGAAAGAGAAAAAGUUCAGCUUGGUGGAACUUGUUCAUCACUUCUUUACUGAAACCAAAGAAGCAGGAAUCUGCAGCUUUGAAGACUUCCAGGUUGUGUUCAUCUUUGAUGGUCUGGAUGAGUGUCGACUUCCUCUGGACUUCCACAACACUGAGAUCCUGGCUGAUGUUACAGAGUCCACCUCAGUGGAUGUGCUGCUGACAAACCUCAUCAGGGGGAACCUGCUUCCCUCUGCUUGCCUCUGGAUAACCACACGACCUGCAGCAGCCAAUCAGAUCCCUGCUCAGUGUGUUGAUAUGGUGACAGAGGUCAGAGGGUUCACUGACCCACAGAAGGAGGAGUACUUCAGGAAGAGAUUCCAGGACAAGAAAUUGGUUUACAAAAUAAUCUCCCACAUCAAGACAUCACGAAGUCUCCACAUCAUGUGCCACAUCCCAGUCUUCUGCUGGAUCACUGCUACAGUUCUGGAGGAUGUGCUGAAAACCAGAGAGAGAGGAGAGCUGCCCAAGACCCUGACUGAGAUGUACAUCCACUUCCUGGUGGUUCAGGCCAAAGUGAAGAAGGUCAAGUAUGAUGGAGGAGCUGAGACAGAUCCACACUGGAGUCCAGAGAGCAGGAAGAUGAUUGAGUCUCUGGGAAAACUGGCUUUUGAACAGCUGCAGAAAGGAAACCUGAUCUUCUAUGAAUCAGACCUGACAGAGUGUGGCAUCGAUAUCAGAGCAGCCUCAGUGUACUCAGGAGUGUUCACACAGAUCUUUAUAGAGGAGAGAGGGCUGUACCAGGAUAAGGUGUUCUGCUUCAUCCAUCUGACUGUUCAGGAGUUUCUGGCUGCUCUUCAUGUUCAUCUGACCUUUAUCAACUCUGGAGUCAAUCUGCUGGAAGAACAACAAACAGCCUCCCAGACAGAGCAACACCUCUACCAGAGUGCUGUGAACAAGGCCUUACAGAGUCCAAAUGGACACCUGGACUUGUUCCUCCGCUUCCUCCUGGGUCUUUCACUGCAGACCAAUCAGACUCUCCUACGAGGUCUGCUGACACAGACAGGAAGUAGCUCACAGACCAAUCAGGAAACAGUCCAGUACAUCAAGAAGAAGCUCAAUGAGGAUCUGUCUGAAGAGAAAAGCAUCAACCUGUUCCACUGUCUGAAUGAACUAAAUGAUUGUUCUCUAGUGGAGGAGAUCCAACAGUCCCUGAGAUCAGGAAGUCUCUCCACAGAUAAACUGUCUCCUGCUCAGUGGUCAGCUCUGGUCUUCAUCUUACUGUCAUCAGAAGAAGAUCUGGAUGUGUUUGACCUGAAGAAAUACUCUGCUUCAGAGGAGGCUCUACUGAGGCUUGUUCCAGUGGUCAAAGCCUCCAACAAAGCUCUGUUGAGUAGCUGUAACCUCUCAGAGAGAAGCUGUGAAACUCUGUCCUCAGUUCUCAGCUCUGAGUCCUCUAGUCUGAGAGAGCUGGACCUGAGUAACAACAACCUGAAUGACUCAGGAGUGAAAGCUUUAUCUAAUGGAAUUAAGAGUCACCACUGGAAACUAGAAACACUCAGGUUGAGUAGCUGUAACCUCUCAGAGAGAAGCUGUGAAACUCUGUCCUCAGUUCUCAGCUCUGAGUCCUCUAGUCUGAGAGAGCUGGACCUGAGUAACAACAACCUGAAUGACUCAGGAGUGAAAGCUUUAUCUAAUGGAAUUAAGAGUCACCACUGGAAACUAGAAACACUCAGGCUGUCAGGCUGCCUGAUCACAGAAGAAGGUUGUAAGUCUCUGGUCUCAGCUUUGAGCUCCAACCCCUCCCAUCUGAGAGAGCUGGACCUGAGCUACAACCAUCCAGGAGAGGCAGGAGUGAAGCUGCUGGAGCAGCUAAAAAUAGAGACACUCAGGUUGAGUAGCUGUAACCUCUCAGAGAGAAGCUGUGAAACUCUGUCCUCAGUUCUCAGCUCUGAGUCCUCUAGUCUGAGAGAGCUGGACCUGAGUAACAACAACCUGAAUGACUCAAGAGUGAAAGCUUUAUCUAAUGGAAUUAAGAGUCACCACUGGAAACUAGAAACACUCAGGUUGAGUGGCUGUAACCUGUCAGAGAGAAGCUGUGAAGCUCUGUCCUCAGUACUCAGCUCUGAGUUGUCUAGUCUGAGAGAGUUGGACCUGAGUGACAAUGAGCUGAAGGAUUCAGGAGUGAAGGUGUUGUGUUCACCCAUCAAGAGUCCACACUUUAAACUGGAAGUACUGAGGUUGAGUAGCUGUAACCUCUCAGAAAGAAGCUGUGAAACUCUGUCCUCAGUUCUCAGCUCCCAGUCCUCUAGUCUGAGAGAGUUGGACCUGAGCAACAAUGACCUGAAGGACCCAGGAGUGAAAGCAUUUUCUAAUGGAAUUAAGAGUCACCACUGGAAACUAGAAACACUCAGGCUGUCAGGCUGUGCUAUCACAGAAGAAGGUUGCUCUGCUCUGGCCAAAGCUCUGAGCUCCAACCCGUCCCAUCUGAGAAAGCUGGACCUGAGCUACAACCAUCCAGGAGAGGAAGGAGUGAAGCUGCUGGAGCAGCUAAAAAUAGAGACAGUCAGGGUGGAGCCUGCUGGAGUCCGAUGGCUGAUCCCAGGUCUGAGGAAGUAUUCCUGUCAACUCACAAUCGACACAAACACAGUGAACACAAACCUACAACUGUCUGACAACAACAGGAAGGUGACACAUGUGGAGAAGGUUCAGUCAUAUCCUGAUCAUCCAGACAGAUUUGAUGUUCUUCAGCUGCUGUGUAGAGAUGGUCUGACUGGUCGCUGUUACUGGGAGGUCGAGUGGAAAGGAGAGGUUAAUAUAUCAGUGAGUUACAGAAGAAUCAGGAGAGGAGGCAGUAUUGACUGUGUGUUUGGAAGAAAUGAUCAGUCCUGGUGUCUGUUCUCCUCUGAAGUUAAGGGUUACUCUGUCAUUCACAAUAACAGAGAAACAUUCAUCUCCUCCUCUGGCUCUAACAGAGUAGCAGUGUAUGUGGACUGUCCUGCUGGCACUCUGUCCUUCUACAGAGUCUCCUCUGACACUCUGAUCCACCUCCACACCUUCAACACCACAUUCACUGAACCUCUUUAUCCUGGAUUUACAGCCUGGUUUCCUGGUUCCUCAGUGUCUCUGUGCUGAGUUUAGUGUAAAGAGUGUCCUCCUGUCAGAGAAACUCUGACUGUUGAACAGAUAGUUCAGUCUGUACAAGUGUAUCCUUUAACUGUGAAGCAGUUUGACUCUAAGUUGAUGGUUUGUCGUCCUCUGGUGGUAAAUAGAUGAACUACAUUCUGAUCUUCAUGACUCGCUCUCAUUAUUUAAAACAUCUUUCAUUUACUUCCUAUGAUAUAGACCUGAUUUGUUGGAUAACCCUGAUGCUAAAUAUUCACACACUGUUACUGUUGGACUUGUUAGGCAAAUAUGACAAACACACCUGUAAGUGGAAACAAUGAACUCCUUCAUUCAACAUGCUUAUAAAAUAUUUU